CACCAACAUUUUCUUUUGAGUUUAAUUGAUCAUGGGAAAUAAACUUAGGAAGAAGAAAAAGAAGAAGAACAGAAACAAGAAGCAGAACCAACCCAAGGAGAUCAACGAAAUUUUAAAUCAAAUAGAAAAUCUUGUUUUAGAGGAAAAGAAUGAUGAUUUCAUUAGCAGAUUAAGAGAUGAUUUCCUGUGCCAAAUCCUUUCUUUAGUUCCUUUCAGAUGUGCAGUACAGACUAGCCUGCUGUCAACUCGUUGGAGAUAUGUGUGGAGGAAAGCAAUAGAACUUCAAGGAACAAUAGAGGAUGUUCCAAGAGUGAUCACGUCGCUUCUUGAUCCAUUUGACAAGCUUUCAUGUCAUCGAAGAAUCUGGUUUCAUUUCAGACAAGGCAGUAUUCUAGCUACCAUCAAAGAUAAGGUGGAACUUCAUCUGAAUUUCUGCGCUGGAGGACGAACUUUCUGCCAUUUUGACUGGAGUCUAGAGCUCAAUCCGCAAAUCCCAAUUUCUGAACUGUCUUCAUGCAUAAAAGUCCUUCAUCUAAAGUCUGUGAACAAGCUGACUAGGGAAACAGUUUCAUCUGUUGUUUCAAAGUUCCAGUUUCUUGAAAGCUUGCAGAUUUCUGAAUGCAAAGGAUUACAAUCACUUUAUAUUGAAGCCGGUUCAACACUUCGAAGCUUGGUUAUUUUGGACUGUUUACAACUGAAUGAAGUAUAUGUUUUUGCAUAUAACCUCAAGGAAUUGGUGUUUCAGGGACAACUUCCUUGGUUUUGGCUCAAAUAUUCUCCUCAGUUGGAGUAUGUCAUUCUUGAUUUCAGAUAUGGUCCUGGCUACAAUCCCUUUGCUUGUGAAAAUCUUUUGUCCCUUCUGUUGGCUGUCAAAAAUGUGAAGACUCUUACAAUAUCUGGCUGGGUUUUUAAGGUACCAAUUUCAAAGUGGCUAUCUUCAGCUGGAGCCAUCUGGGAGCGAAAAGACUUUCUCUUCAACAACUUAAAGGAGUUAUGUUGGAUUGACAGCUCAAUGGAAAAUCACAGCAUAGCUACCUUGGUUUCUAUUCUAAAGAUCUGCCCUUCUCUGGAGAAGCUAGUCAUAAAUGUGGAUCCUGCUAAUUACUGCAGUCCAAGCAAGGGAGAAUGUAGUUUCUGGAAGGAGUACUCGAAUCGAGUUGCCAAUACUGCAACUCUGGAUCAUCUCAAUGUGGUUAAACUGAAGGGUUCCUUAGGUCAGGAAGAUGAAAUUUUAUUGGCAGGACGGCUGGUUGAGCCAAAGACUCCUCAGUCAGGCACCGAAAUGAUUGAGGUGCCACCAGCAGAAGGCUGCAGGGUGAUCAUGGCUUAUCAGUUGGACAACCUUUAUGAAUUAUGGCUUCCUCUAGAGGAUAAUUGCAGCUUGUGGAGAUGAAUAGUUCCGAAUUACUUUACUCCAAUUCCAAGCUUGAUGCAACAGAAAAAUUGGGUGUAGAAACAAAUUCUUCAAAUUGUGCAGCACCAUAGAAUAGCUUUCACAUUCCUCAUUUUAAGCUUUGUCUAGUUAUUAAUUCAUAUUACAUUCCAGUAAAAAUUAUAGCAAUUUUCUUAACAUUUCAAUCUAAGCCAGUUCUUCAAGAUGAGUUCCUUCUUCCUUUGGCACCUUGGAAGCAGAGUUGCACCUCAUUAAUCUUGGUUAUUAUUUAUUAUCUUCAACCUUUGAUGCAUUCAAGGAGGAAACAGAGGAAAGCAAGACAGAACCAAACCAUAAUUUAUUUGCAGAAAGAAAUUGCAAGAAGGCUGUGUUGACUUUUAAUUUUUCAUAUGGCAUCUUAUGGUUUUUUGUCCCUUAAUUAGCACUGUAUGAUGUUCCCCUCUCUUACUUUUCCCUCUUCCUCCUUUUGCUUUAGGCCUGGUUGUGGUCUUUUGCCUAUUUUUUUACUGUAAAAUUUUUUUUGCUGUCAAAAUCUCUUGUACAGGACUUAGUUUUUACUGAUUAAUUUUUGUAUGUCAG